UCAGUUCUCGUUCAGCUUUGCCGACGGCACGACGUGCUUUACUAGCGAAAAGAAAAAAACUAGAAAAACUGGGGAAAAUCUGGGAAAAUUACUCGUCGUCUUGUCAAUUGGCGCGGGCCAACAAAAAAAGCUAACUUAAAAAAUAAAAUAAAAAACAUUUUGAAGUUGUAAUCGAAAAACGAAAUAUAGAACAAUUCCUGUUAUGCACUAAGAGAAACAAUGUGAAUAGCGAAAAAGUAAGCAGAGAAAUCCAUAGAAAAAUACUUAAAUAUAUACAGAUCCAUAAACAAACCGAUUUAUAUAUAUUCGAGUCGGGCGUUUGAUUGAUUUGUGGCAACUAUCUCAAACAACAAAACAAAAAAAUAAAACGAAAAACGAAAAAAGCAACAGCAAGUCAGCAAAAACAACAAGGACAACAACAACUACAACAACAACAACAACAACGAUUGCGGAUGCGGCACCGCUUAACCCCAAUCUGCCUAACAAAGUGACCGCCGUAACCAUGUAACUGUCCAAUAUGCUACUAAAACCACUAAAACCAGCCAGCGACAAUUAAAGCCAGCCGCUAGAGAGGAUCGGGAGCAGGAACAGGAGCAGCAGAAGGAGGUGGAACUCUAGCCGCUCCAGCAGUACAUAACAUACACUGAGAGAAACAUUAUGGCCGGGCCACAGGUGCAGCACAGCCAGCGACCGAAUAGCGCCUACUACACGGGUCUAAAUGGUGGUUCCGGCAGCGGCGGCGGCGGAGGAGGAGGAGGAGCUGGAGGCGGCGGCGCAGGUGGUGGAUCCUCCGCCGGAAUGUCAAGCAGUGCAUCGCACACCGGACUGCAUGCCCUGCGCCAGGUGAGCAACGAAACGGAGCUCAUCUAUCGUGGAAGCCACAGCAAUGGCACCGUCAACGAGCUGCCCUCGAGCGCCCAGCAUCACCUGCUCACAGGUCGAGCGGUCCAGCAGCACCAGCAGCAGCAGCAGAUGCAUCACCAGACGGUGAGCAGCAUCGCUGGCACCGGAUCCAGUGUCACAGAUGCCCUCAUCAGCACCAUUAACUCCGGCGGUGGCGGUGGUGGUCCCUCCGGCAGCAGUUGCUCCACGGCGGCAUUGGGCAUUAAAAAGUCCAGCACGCAACGCAGCAUCGAGAUUAUUGUGGACGCCAGUCAGUGCGGCAAGGAGCUGGUGGCCAGUGGUCCGGGUUCGGGUGCAGCGGGCUCGGGGGCAGCGAUUGUCUCCACCCUGGACGUGGAAGAUGUGGAGCAGGGCGGUGGCGGUCAGGAGUCCUCCUCCUCGCAUAGGAAAUCAUCGCGCCAUCGGCAUCGACCGCUCCACCGGCGGCUGAUCACGUAUCUGCGGAACCUCUUCCAAGGCAGCACCACACAGAAUGAUUCGGAACUGGAGGAGUUCGAAACGCCGGCAAGGUACAGGCCCGACUCGCUAAGUGCACUGAGCCGUGCCACACGCUUCACGGAAGACGAGAUCAAACGAAUUUAUCGGGGAUUUAAGGCUGAGUGCCCGACGGGCGUCGUCAAGGAGGACACCUUCAAAGUGAUCUACUCGCAGUUCUUUCCACAGGGAGGUUCGUGCGCCAAUCCAACCUUAUACGCCCACUAUGUAUUUAAUACACUGGAUCAGGAUCACAGCGGCAUUGUUAGCUUCGAGGACUUUGUUCAAGGACUUUCGAUACUGUCUCGCGGCUCCGUGGAGGAGAAGCUGCGCUGGACCUUCUCGCUGUACGACAUCAAUGGCGACGGCUUCAUUACGAGGGAGGAAAUGACUGACAUUGUAACUGCCAUAUACGAGCUGAUGGGCCGCCUGCCGGACGAGUGUCCCGAGGAGGAGAAGAUCAAGGGCAAGGUGGAGCAGAUCUUCCAGAAAAUGGAUACCAAUCGCGAUGGCGUGGUCACGCUGGAGGAGUUUCUGGAGGCCUGUCGCAAUGACGACGCCAUCUCCCGGUCGAUGUCCGUGUUUGACACAGCGUUCUGACCAUAUCCGACGGACAAGGGCGAUGAGUACACGGUGCCCCGGCGGCGGCGACAUCAGCUGUCGGCACAGCAGCAGCAUCUGCAGCAUCAGAAGCAUCAGCAGCAGGAGCCAGAGAAACGUAAGUCCAACCACAAGACGAAGAACAAGCAACAGCAAAAACAGCAGCAACCACAUAGCACUAGACAUCAAAACUGUUGUCACAUAAUCGACAUGGAUGGCGAUAGCACCACAAGCACCACCACCGCCUCGGCGGCCACUGGAACAACACUCAAUUGCAAUGUCCUAUAUGAUUACGGAGCGGCGGAGGAGGAUGACGACGACCAGGACGAGGAUGAUGAGGACUCCGAUGAGGAGUACAGAUCCUUUGUCUGCCGCCACUGCCAAAGGUCACAGUCAGUGGUGCAGCAGCCCAGAUCCAAUCGUCGAUCGCAAUCGCAGUCCAAGUCGCGCAAGCGCAGCAAGAGCAGGAAGCGCCAUCAGAGCAAACAGGGUCACCAUCAGGGCCAGCAGGGCCAUCAGGGUCACCAUGGUCAGCAGCUGACCCGGUGGCCGGAAAUCAAUGUGGCCAACGAGCAGGCCAUUCGCUUCCGGUGUCCGCAGGUGGGGCCGCAGGUGGGUCGCGACCUCCACACCCCCCAGCCCAUGCACUUCCAUCAUCCCCAGUCGCAGAGCCAGAAGGCCAAGAGCAAGUCCCGGCCGCGGAAGCACCGGGCAUGCCCACCUGCUUCGCUAUCGAAAGCUGGAGCAGCAGCAGCUGCAGCAGCACCUGGUCCACCUGCACCACCUGCGCCACCAGCAGAUCCGUCACAGCUACCGCCCUCCGAACAGCACCCCCUUGCACCCCUCAACGUGAUUGUGGGCGGGGCCGAGGUCGAGGUCGAUCCGCAGCAGCCACAGCCGCCCACCACCCCCGACUCGCCGUCGCUGGUCACCGUGAGCACCUGGUACACGGUGGCCAAGCAGGGUGUCUCCUGCUAAUCGCGGUGAGCAGUGAGUAUCCUUGCCAGCACCAACCAACCAACCAACAAGCCACUUUGCACCCCAGUCAAAAUCCACUUGAAAGGAUGGCACUGAUAUCUCUAGAUGCUUAAAAUCAUUUUUAAAUUGAUAACUAACGUCUGAGCGAAUGCAAGAGUGAAUAGACUAUCGGUAUUUAUCCAUAGAAUUCAAUUUUGGACCCAUGAGGCGAUUUUAAAUUAUUUUAAGCCCCUAGAGAUCUGUGUGGCAUUCCCCAGUAAAACGCUUUUCCGUUUCGGUGUUUAAAUAUAUGUAUACAAUAUGUAUAUUUUGUGCUUAAAUAAAUUAUAUAUGUGUGUUUCAGGGUGGAUCUCUGAACAAUCUAAAUCGGCAAUAACUAAAGUUACAACACAAGUUGAUUGUUAUUAAAAAUAAUAUAUUGAUUGUCUUUAGUAAUUAAAUUCAAAUUUGUCUUUAGUUCUUAAAAGGAUACAACAUAAAUUUAAGUUUUUUAACUGUUUGUUUACCUACUUACAAAAAAAAAAAAAAAAAGAAAUUGUACAAAAAAGCUACAAAAUUGUAAAUACAAAACUAUAGAUAUUUUUUUUUAAUAUAAUUGGAUGUUAAAGCUGAGAUCCGCCCGAUUGUGCAUUAUGUUUCCGAUUUAUCCUAUAAUUUGUACUGUAAUUAGCCAAAUGAAGUUUAUAAGAAAUUUAAAACGUUCUCUGUGUGUAUCGAUUGAUGUUGCAAACUGUCAAAUGUGUUAUAGUCUUAAAAUACGUAUACAAAUCUAUAGAAUAUGUAAGUAAAAGUGAACCAAAAUCGAAAAUAUAUGAAAAGCAUUCAAAUGUUUACUUUAUGUUCCCUUGAGUUCUAUCAUUUUUUGACCAGAAAAGUCUUCUUAGAAAUGUUGAUAGAUGUCCUAGAGUUACAUAAAUUGACGUUAGCUGUGAUGGAAAAACAAAGUAUAUUAAACCACAAAAAAAAAACUUUAAUAUUAAUUGUAAAAAAAAAUGGAUGAUUCCAUCAAAACUUGUGGGAAAAAAUUGCUCAAACGAAAAUGCUUGCUAUAUGCGAAGCUUAGAGUGUGUGGGUGUGUUUUGAAUGUGUGUGUGUGUGUGUGUAUGUGUGCAUUGGGAGAGCUAGAGAGAAAACUUUUUUGACAGAACAAUUUUCAACAUUUGAAUGCCUCACUUGAAGGUUUUUUCUUUUUUUUUUUCGACUAAAAGCGAAAAUUGAAACGCUGUCGUUCCGUUAAUUAAAUUCUGUAAAAUACACAGAAAUCAUAUUAAAUAAAAUCUAUAUGCAGAUUAAUGAACAGACCAAUUUCAGGCCAUCACUUGGCUUUAACAAAAAACGUUGUUGUCAUUCAAAUGCAAAUUGAAUAUUGAAUUGGUCUUUGGCGAAAAAUGAGUCAAAUAACCAAAUUGUUUUAAUUGAAAGCAGCUUUCUACUUUAUUGGAUAAAUGUAAAAGGCUGCCAGUUGAAUUCCAUUCGAUUUGCAUUAUUUCACAUAGAAAUUCGUGUUCUUCAAACUGUUGUGAAGUUUGCUGAGCGUUAACUUUUUUGCUAACUGUUAUUGCUUGUCAUGCUUUUGUUGUUGUUUUCAUUAUGCCAAAUUGGACACACCAAGGAGACACACGCACACUUGCACACCAACACACACCAGCACACCGACACCGCACACAUAUGCAAGGCAAAAUCAACAAGGAUGCAAACGCAUGGGAAUUGAAAUUCGUGUAUGGCAAUUAAAAUAUCUGCUUUCUUUCUCUCCCUUUUUCUCUCUCUCUCUCUCUCUUUUCUCUUUCUCUCUCUCUCUCUCUCUUUCUCUCUCAUUCUGGCCCGCACACACAUAACUCACACACUCGCUGUAAUGAACACACACACAUGUGCAGAAAUUUGCAUAGAAACUAAAUGAAAUGCGUAGCAAGAAAGACAACGCGAAUCUGCCAAAAUAAAAAUCUAGGUACCGCACGUCCAUUAAUAUGCAAUUAUGGAUGUGUUUGUGCAACUGUAAAAAUAAUGAAAGUGUGCGGAAACAUUGGAGAGGCCAACGAAAACACGAUUUUAUCGGCAUACUUGUCUGGGUCGCAUUUAAAGGGCUGCAAGCAGUGCAGCGCAGUUCUCAACUGUAAGUACAUUGUCGCACCGGAAGUGCGACACUGCUUGCCUCCAGAAAACACAGAUAGAUGAAAAUUGACACUGUGUGAGUGUGAGUGCACGCAACUUACAUGAAACCCAUUGAAAAUUGAAAACGUACGAAACGAAAGCUUUACACAAUGAAACUAAAACUAAACCUAAAAAACUUACUCUUAACGAUUUAAUGAAACAUAUAUAGAGAGAAAUUUAAACUACACAGAAACUAUAUUUAUACGAAAAGAAAAUAGCAAGAAGAAAAAUACUAAUUACAUUAAAUUGGAACCAGUUUGACUUUCUAUUUGAAAUAUAUGUAAACAUACAUGACACACACACACACACACACACAUAUGCACAAGCAAAAGGUAAAUAUAUGUGUAAAUCAAAAUAAUAGCCGCAAAUACAAAAGCGACAUGAAGGAGAAUGGAGAAUUGGAGAAAUGCUCCCCGGGGCGUAUGCGUAAUGUUGAGUGAAUUGUUUCUGCGCAUAUAUUCUCCAUUAGCAAAUUAGUGACAAUGAUGAAAUGUCAUCAAGUCGGCCGGCGAUAUGUACUAUAUACAUCUGGUGUGUGUGCCUGUUGUGUGUGCGAGUGUGCAAGCUAAAUCAAAUACAAAACAAAUGUUUGAAUCAGAAAUUGGACCACAGCAAACAAAGAAGUAGCAUAAAACGAUAUCCGCUGUAUAUGCAUAUUAUAUAUUUACAUAUACAUAUAUAUAUACAUAAAUAUAUAUGUAUGUAUACAAGGCAUAUAUAUAUGUAUAGAUAUGUACCAGGCAUACAGUAUUUAUCAAGUGCAUAGAUGUGUAAUUGUAAACUUUUUUGUAGCUAGAACUAAGGGACACACAGAAAAUAAAUGGAGAACUAUUAGAUAAUAGAUAAUUGGAAUAUGGUUAAUUGGACAUCUUGUUGUACAUAGUUAGUGAGUGGUUUGUUUUCGCCGUUAAACCAACUACAAAUCUUUCUCUAUAUUAACUCUAAACUCAAAGUAAUUGUUGCAUUUUUAAACCCUUUAAAUACAUAGCUGUGUACUUAGCUGUAGUCUUCCAGAAGUAAUCGAACAAAAAAGAAAUCGAACCGAAAUGCUGAUGAUAACUCUAUUCCACUUAGAUUGAACCUGUAGCAAAUUUGUACCUUAGCCGAAACACCCACAAAAAGCUUUCAAAAACAAUAAAACUCUCUUCUUAAUAGACGAAACAAAAACCGAAACCGAGUCCAAUAAAUAAAGCCCGUAUAUAUACAAAACUGUUGCUGUCGUAGUUGAAGACGAACUGUAUUAUUUUUGGAUAAAUGUUAUCGAUUUUCUGCCCACUUUCAAGGUUAUUCAAUGUUAGAUCCUUCGAACUAUUGGUUUCCCACUGCAUAUAUGUAGUAUUUACAUAUGAUCGGUCUGAUCAAGGGUACGACAAUAUCGAAAAGGAGCCACAGAUGUACUAAAUGACAUAUAUAAUACCCUCCCACCCCAGACUAACACACACACACACACACACACAUAGUACUCCCCUCUCUCUUUCUCUCUAACUAUCACUGUCUCCCUCUCUAUAUCUCUCUACUUGUCUGUGUGUGAAUUAGCAAUCAAAUACUAAUGCAAAAUCUUUUUCAAAAACAAAGUGUCAAAUUUUCAAGAAAACAUAAAAACAUAGAGAAAACCCCAAAGAAAAACUUGGCAAAUUGACAGAGACAAACAAACAGAUAGAGAAAAGCAGAGAAAAAAAAAUUGAUAAAUUGGAGGAUUGCCAACCUAGUUGCAAGUAUUUUCCAGGCCUAAGCCUUAACGAUUAGACAAAUGCAAAUAAUUGUAAACACAAAAAAAAUAUAUGCAUAUGAAGUGUGUGUUUUUUCCUAAUUUAUAAGCUGUUGAAAUCAAAUUUUACCAAUGAAAGUAAGUAUUAAACAAGUAUUGACGCAGAGAAACUCUCGUUUUAGAGAACCACUUGAAUUUUUCAGUUGUUAAUGUAAAAACUGUAUUAGCCAUUUAUUUGUGAGCGAUAUACUGUGUGUUGAAAACUAAACCAAAAUAAAAAAAAAAAACCAAAAAACAGAACAAAAAACUAACAAGAACUAAAACGAAAUACAAAGAGCAGAAAAUACAUGUCAUAGCAUAGGCCUAAGUGCGACAUUUAUUGGUGGACUCCAGAAGGCAUACGGAAGUACUAUAUAUACAUAUAUAUAUAUAUAUCAAAAACCGAAUUGUUAUCGGCCGAAUGAUGUUUUAAAGCCACUAAGAGAAUUUCCAGUGUUAUCAAUCGAUCGAUGUAUGUACGUCUUCUGGGCCAAAAUGCGAUUGAGCCACGUUAUAAACACAAUUACAAAUUGAUAAACUUACGAGUAUAUACACAAAUAUACUAAUGUACUAGUCGUAAAACAUAGCUGAUCUUUUUUGGUGUAAAUUUUAAAUGAUAAUACCAAGCGAACAAACUUUCCAUGCAAUAAAAAACAAAAACAAAACACAUUGUUUCAAAACUACAAAGAAGAAGUGUCGUUUAAAUGCAAAACUGCAUGAACCAAAAAGUAAUGAAAACGAAAAACCAAAAAAUAUGAGCAUGAAAACACUUAAUUAAAAAAAAAGAACAAAUAUUUUUUUUGUGAAGUUAAAAUAUGUAUAAAAACAAAAGGUAUAAAGAAAAAUAAAAAAACC